UUCAAACAAAGAUGGCGUCUGACGACGAGGAUGUCCCAGAAACGGGCGCCGUUUUUACGUUUGGGAAAUCAAGAUUUGCAGACAACUUGGCCAGUAAAUUUUGGAUUCGCGAUGAUCCUGUAGUCCAGGUCGCAUGUGGAGACGAACAUUCAGCAAUUAUUACAGCUAAAGGUAAACUUUACACAUUUGGCUCCAACGACUGGGGACAGCUAGGACAUGGCAAUACUAAGCCUUACAAUAAGCCAAGCGUUGUAAAAAAACUCAAACCAGAAAAAUCCUAUCUUGUUGCAUGUGGAAGAAAUCACACGCUAGUAGCAACUGAAUCAGGAAGGUUGUACAGUUUUGGUUGUGGAGGAGAUGGUCAGCUGGGUCAUGAAGAUUCUGAAUAUUCACACGAACCCAAGGCAAUAGAACUGUUAGACAGUCAGCAGUAUUCAAUAUUAGCCUGUGGGUCAGACUUCUCGGCAGCAGUCACUGAGAAUGGUAUUCUUUACACAUGGGGAAGCAGCAGUGAAGGACAGAAUGGUCUGGGAGAGGAUACUGAAUCCCCUAAAYGGCUGUAUCUGAGUGGGAAGGUAGUUUCUGUAGCGUGUGGUUACUAUCACAUGGCUGUCGUCACAGACGAUGGAUCUCUGUAUACCUGUGGUGAAGGGGAAGGAGGAAAACUAGGACUAGAAAAAUCCCAACUGGAUGACACAUCACAGUUACAGAAAGUCGAAAGCAUUAAAGAAAAAGUCACAGCAGUGUCAUGUGGGGCAGAAUUCACGGUAGCUGUGACACAAAACGGACACGUAUAUUCAUUCGGACAAGGAAAUCAAGGACAGCUAGGUCUAGGGUCUGCACUCACAGAAUGUGAGCUGCCAGAAAAGGUUCAAACAUUUAACAAAGUUAAAGCAAAAAGUGUAGAUUGUGGAGAAAAUUUUACAUCAAUUAUAACAAAACAUGGGAACUUGUAUACGUUUGGAGAUGGUCGGCACGGGAAGCUUGGCUUGGGUGAUGAAUGCUUCUCUAAUCUCUUCACGCCACAGAAGGUAACAAGAUUUAAUAAUUUUAUCGUCAAGAAAGUAUCUUGUGGUGGAUGUCACAUGCUUGCUUCGGCAGUAAGGAAAGAGGAAAGUGUCGAAGAGUCGGAUAGUGAAGAACAAGCUGAGAAAGAGACACUUGCUACAACUUUAAAACCUGGACAAUUAUUAGAUGCCGUUGAUGGUCCUAGUCAUUUAUCAUCAACAUGGUCGGCAAGGGAUAAGAGACGACAGAAACAUGUAGAGGAUAUUAACAAUAGUUUAAGCCAUUCACUACCACCAAUCAACAAAUCUUCAUUACCGCCACUGAAUGGAACAUUAAAACGUACCUUACCAGCAUUAGGGAAAGGUUUUUUAAAUGAGGAAGAGAAGAAGCCUGUGAAUCCAUUAAAUGCAUCCAAAUUACCCAAGAUAACCCACCUGGAAGAGGAGGAAGAUAACCAAACCACAGCAACAUCCAAGUCCACACCGACAUCAUCACCCAAGCCUUUACCAAGAGGACUUGCUAAACCUUCACCACUAGCGGCCCCUAGAACACUACCAAGAACGAGGAAAGAGAAGGAAGAAACAGAAUCUGAAGAGGAAAGUGGAAGUGAAGAGGAAUCGGAUGAAGAAGAGGAAGGAGAAAAUGGGAAUAGUGGGAAAAUAAAAAAAGAGGGUAUGAUGAAAACUGGAGAAUCUGAAAAAGAAGUUAAGAAACAAGUUAAGAAAGAAGAGGAGGAGUCGGAAGAAGACGAAGAAGAAAGCGAAACAGAAGAAGAUGAAGACGAAAAGCAACACUCCAAACAAGCAACUGUUAAAGAUAAAACAACCAAAGCCGCUACAACAACUAAAGAGGUCAAGAAGAAGGACGAAGAAGAAGAUGAGGAAGAAAGCGAAGAGGAAGAAGAAGACGAUGAUGAUGAAGAAGAAGAAGACGAUAACAAGAAUAAAAAGAAAAUUAAAGACAAAAAUGAGGAUAAAAAGAAAACCAAAAGUAAGAGGAUCGAGGUGGGAAGUAGUGCAAAGAAGGGGGAGAAAGAUAGUGAAGAGGAAGAAGGAGACGAUGAGGAAGACGAUGAGGAAGAUAAAGAUGCUAUGAAGAAGAAGAAGAAGAAAGACUCGAAACAAGAUGAAAAGGAGAAAAAGAAAAAGAGUAAAAAGAAAAGUAAAGACGAAGAUGAAGAUGAAGAAACAGAUGACAAAGAAGCCACGGAAGAAAAUACAGAGAAAACCAAAAAGGGGAAGAAUAAGGGGGAAAAGAAGAAGGAAACAAAAGAAAAAGACGAAGAGGAGGAGGAGGAAGACGAAGAUGAAGACAAGGACAAAGAAAAGGAAAAAGAAAAAACAAAUGAGGAUAACAAGGAAGGAGACAGUAAAAACAAAGAAAGCGCCAAAAACACUGCAAAACAGAAGGAUAAAAAAUCUGGUAUAUGUGUCUUAAUUUAAAGAUAUACUCGUAAGAUUACAUUGGGAAGACAUUUCAAUGCUAUGGCAUAACUAAGGAAAGCCAUUUCACUGUCAGGGAAAACAAAAUGCAGGUCAUUUUAAAAUGACGUCAUAUCGAAGGGAACUCCUUUCAAGGUUACGACAUGCAAAGGGAAGUCAAAUUAAUGUUAUGGCUUUAAAGAGAAGCCAUUUCGGUGUACGGCAUACCUAGCCCUAUGGGUGCUGUUAGUCAGUACCGUACGUUUCCCACUCCUACGAUAACCAUUCGUAUGGGAAGCCAUUUCAAUGUCAGGACAUGUUGUACCGUGUACAUGCCGUAAGUCAGUACCGUACGUUUCCCACUCCCACGAUAACCAUUCUUAUAAGAAGCCAUUUCAAUGUCAGGACAUGUUGUACCGUGUACGUGCUGUAAGUCAGUACCGUACCUUCCCACUCCCACGAUAACCAUUCUUAUAAGAAGCCAUUUCAAUGUCAGGGCAUGUUGUACCGUGUACGUGCUGUAAGUUGAUUAGUCUAGUACCAUUUCAGUGUCACGCCAUGCUCCAAAUCCGACGGUUCUUAAAAUUUUAUGCAAAACUAUUUUACCUUCAAAGACGAAUAUAAGGUUUAAGGCAGGCUUUCCCUUUUCGGAUUAUCAAAAGUAUAAAAAUAUACAAAAUAGUAAUAUAAACUACGAAAAAUAGUAACGUGCAACAAUAUGCUUGAACGUAGAAAAUUAUUUAUUGUGAUGAGAGACUAAAAUAGUUUGGGCGUAAUGAUUUCCCAUUCCAGAACACGUGUCAUUCUCUCGAGAAUAAGAGAAAUUAGAAUAACAAAACAAGCAACUCCUGGACUCGAGGCUAAUCCCGCAUCUAUCUUCUCAUGUGCAACCGUUAAACAAAGCCAUAAUAUUCUAUAGAAUGACACGUGGUAUGGAGGUCUAUCGAAGCCUCAAGAUUUCCCUGAAAUUGGUCCUCUCGCUCCAGUUCCUCAGUGGUGGACAAAGACCGAGAAGCACUGGAGCAAGAGGCUCUCUGCAUAGCCCGCUAACCAAAAUGUCGGAAAAGAUUGGACUGGCUUUUGAAUCAUUUUCGCCAAAGUAGGUUUUAGACUUGUUAAAUUAUCUUUGACCUUAUUAUGGUACAGGGAAUUCCAUUGAUGUGUAAAGCUAAACUAACGUUGAUAAGUAUUUGAAGAAAAUCUUCGAAGGUGUUACGGUAUUUGUUUGCAUCUCCAAUGGUGGUCUUCCUGUGGUCCCAUGCUCGUGUUUGCGUGAUUAUUCGUAUUAGUGCAGUUUUCGUAUGACUGUGAAAAGUUCACAGCACGAACACGGUCGUGACACAGCAAGGGAUACGCCAGACCAAUCACAUUGCACGAGAAUUUUACUCUCCAUCCAAUCAAAUACCCGGAACACGGCAUAAACACGGCGCGGACACGGUCACGCCAAGGUCAAGGCAAUGCCAGAACAAUCACAUUACGCGUGAAAAAAAUCAGCCAAUUAAAAUUCUAUAAAGCAUCACGGUCACGGCACGUCAUGCUUACGGCACUGAGCUUUUCACAGUAAUACGGAAACUGCUCUAUGUGAUUCUUUACUGUCUCUGUUCGAUAAUCGCGUUUUUUGUCAACUGGAUAUUUUUAUCUUCCCAGUAAAAAGAAGCUUAACUCACAUCGUUCUCAGGUGAUUUAAACAUUAGUUCUACCAUUUUACGGCAUUUUCCUUGUAAAAAAAGUUAUGUACAGAAUAUAGUUUUAUUUUUUAUCUUACAAAUAAAAGACAGAUUCAAUAGUG